AUGGAUAGAAAGAGAAAACGGCUUUUGUCUAGUAAUGCUGAAGAGAAGCGCACCAAAUUUGACGAAUCAGAGAGUGGCGAACCACUUGAAGUGCGUUUACGCAGUAAUCACGCAGAAGUAGUGCUUACUGCGUUAAAUUAUUGCAAGCAGGGACUUUCAUCAAAAACGACAGUUGAAAAAUUUGUCAAUUCCGUCACCGAUAGAUUUCUUGCGGUUGUAGAUGCAUUCAAAAGAGCAGCCUUGUCUGAAGUUGCAAGCAGUUCUCCAUGGUCAGCCGUGCUAAAAAAAGCUGCUAGUAUUCUUGCUACCUGCUGUUAUUUUUCUUUCACGGCGUGUGCAGAGCUAGCAAAACCGAGGAGGAAUAUUCCGCAAACACUAGGUAGAUUAUUAGAGAUGAGCGAAGCUCGAGUCCCUUUAUCUACGAAGUCGUCAAUUUUGCGCCUUAUUAAAAACCUCUGUCAGCAUAAAGAAGUAGCAGCGUCAAUGACCUAUUAUACGCUAGAUUCUAUCGUGCAGUACCUCACUAGCGAUGACAGAAAUAUUGGAUACAGUGCACUGGGGAUCAUUCGCGCACUAGUCAACCUUAAUUUGGCUUCAGUAAGUUAG